GCCCUUCCUCUACCUCCUCUUCUGUUUUCUCCUUUUACACUCUCCACUAUUUACUGGCCCUCUGCUCUUUCUCUUUCAAAGCCUUAAGCUUCUCAUUCCCACCUUUCUUCUUCUUCUUCUUCUUCAUCCAAGAACAGUUACUGUUCUUGGGUUUUCUGCAAUUCUUGAUCUUUUGUGUUUGUUUUCUGUUGGAAAAUCCGAGUGAAUAGAAUAAUCCUGUUGGUUGAUCUGUUCUUCAAGUCUGGGGGGUUUUCUUGAAGCUAAUCUUGAUGAUCAACAUAUUAUUUCUAAUCUUUGAAAUUCAUGUCUGCAAUUCUCAGUGAACUGUUUCUUUCCGGUUGUAUGAUAAAUUCCACAUAUAGGCGCAGGACCCAUUUAGUGCAAUCUUUCUCUGUUGUCUUCCUCUACUGGUUUUACUACAUUUCAUGAUUGUAUUUUGCUUCCAUAUAUAGAUAUAUAUACAUAUUAUUACAUAUAUACAGAUAUAAAUAUAAAUAAAACCACCUCUCUACUAUCUCUCCAUUUCUGAAGAACUCUGCUCUUAACUGUUAAGGUCAUCAUCGAUUCACUAUCUGGGUCCUGCUAGUUUUCUCUGUCAUCUGAAUUUUUUCAAAAUUUUUUUUUAUGGCUUCCUCUGGUGUGACGUCACCGGGGUCAUGUGUGCUUCAGACCUCGGGUUCCGAGGAGGAUCUCCAGACGCUGAUGGAUCAGAGGAAGCGGAAGCGGAUGAUAUCGAACCGGGAGUCGGCGCGGCGGUCGCGGAUGAGGAAACAGAAGCAUUUGGACGAUCUGAUGGCGCAGGUUUCGCAGCUCCGGAAAGAGAACAACCAGAUCGUAACCGCCAUGAACGCCACCACGCAGCAGUUCCUCAACGUGGAGGCGCACAACUCCAUCCUACGCGCGCAGGUGGCGGAGCUCAGCCACCGCCUCGACGCGCUCAACGAGAUCGCGAGCUUCGUGAACUCCAACAAUGGCGGUUUUGCGGCGCUCCAGGAAGAGGUCAAUUAUUGCUACGGCAAUUUCGAAUCUCCUCCGGCCGAUGCGUUUUUCGCGACGGCGAACAAUAAUUCCUGGAACUUCCUCUCCGGCAACCAGCCCAUCAUCACCUCCGCGUCGGCGGCGGACAUCUUGCAAUACUGAUCAAAGAAAACACAGAGAAACCUGUCUUUUAAGCUCCAGGAUCCAACAUCAUUAAGAAUGUAUUAUUAGUAAUAGUAAUGGUUUUAAGGAAUAAUAAAAUGGUUCUGGUAAAUCAAGGAAAAAAAAUGUAAUUUCUGUAGUUGUCAUUUGGCCUACCUUUAAUUAAUGUAAUGCAAUAUUAAUAGAAAAAUACUACUUUGUACUCCUA